AUGGCCCUCCUGCUGUCUCUCCUGGCGGCCCUGGCAGCCUUCAGCUGUUGCCCUGGGGGCUCUCUGGGCUGUAACCUGCCUCCAGACGACGUCCCAUUGAGCAGGGAGAACUUCCAGCUUCUGGAUCAAAUGAGAACCUCUGCUUUCUUCUGUCAGGAGGACAGAAAAAACUUCAGAUUCCCUGGGGAGAUGUUGCAGGGCAGCCUGUCCCAGAAGGCCCAGGCCAUGUCUGUCUUGAAGGAGAUGCUAUGGCAGACCUUCCUCCUGUUCUGCACAGAGCAGUCCUCUGCUGCCUGGAACCAGACCCUGCUGAAAGAGCUGCAAGCUGGACUCUAUAGUCAGUGGGAAGAACUGAGAGGUUGCUUGGUGGAGGAGACUGGAGAGGAAGACUCGGCUCUGAGCGUGGAGCGCCCCACCCAGGCUGUGAAGAGAUACUUCACAGGAAUCCGUCUCUACCUGAAAGGGAAGAAACACAGUGACUGUGCCUGGAAGGUGGUGACCGUGGAAGUCACGAGACCCUUCUCAUUACCGAUCUGGAAAGAAAAACUCAGCAUGAAGGAUGGAGACCUGGGCUCACCGAGGUGA